ACCAAAGACAUUAUUUAUACCUUCGUAUGGAGAUGGAAAAAACCCCACUACCUAGACCAAACGAUAUUGUAAUGACUCCACCAACAAACACCUACCAGCAAGAACCUAUAACUCCACCAAGGGUUAACCAUUCCGCUUUAAAGCCCAAUCAAGUGGGUCAGGUCAUAUUGUAUGGUGUUCCUAUUGUUUCCUUGGUAAUUGACGGCCAAGAGAGGCUAUGUCUGGCACAGAUCUCCAACACCCUUUUGAAGCACUACAGCUACAAUGAGAUCCACAACAGGAGGGUUGCACUGGGGAUCACCUGUGUUCAGUGCACACCUGUACAGCUGGAAAUCCUGCGGCGAGCCGGAGCCAUGCCUAUCUCCUCCAGGAGAUGUGGCAUGAUAACCAAAAGGGAAGCAGAGAGACUUUGCAAGUCCUUUCUGGGUGAGAACUCACCCCCAAAGCUUCCAGAUAACUUUGCAUUUGACGUGUCUCAUGAGUGCGCCUGGGGUUCUAGGGGAAACUUUAUUCCAGCUCGAUACAACAGCUCCAGGGCUAAAUGCAUCAAAUGCUCUUAUUGUAAUAUGUACUUUUCUCCCAAUAAGUUCAUUUUCCACUCCCACCGCACCCCAGAAGCUAAGUACACCCAGCCUGAUGCUGCUAACUUCAAUUCCUGGAGGCGUCACCUCAAACUGACUGAUAAAACCCCACCUGAUGACCUGGCCUUUGCAUGGGAGGAUGUGAAAGCCAUGUUUAAUGGGGGAAGUCGGAAGAGAGCCUUGCCCCAGGGGAACUGCUCUUCUCUCAGCCAGAUGAAGGCUGUCAGUAGUGUACUCCCUCACAUGAUAACUCCUGAUCUAUCUCAGAAAAGGACCAGGUUUGAAGAGGAUGAAGAUGUUGAGGGAACAAGUCUGUCUUCUCAGAAAAACCCUCGCAGCUACCCAGUCAUCCCAGUCCCAAGCAAGAGCUUUGGCAUGCUGCAAAAGUUCCCUGCCACCUCUCUCUUCCCAAACCCUUACACCUUUCCGGCUUUCAGCCUGUGUCAGAAAAAAGAUGACAGUGAACCUGCUAAUGGGCAGAAACCAAGUGGACUAUCAGGGCUUCUUUGGCCUGGGAGGAAGGAUGCUUUCUACCCACCCUUUUGUAUGUUUUGGCCACCACGGACCCCUGCCGGUAUUUCGGUCCCAACCUACCUCCAACCUCAACCCAACGCACUCACCUCUCUUUCUGAAAACCCCACACUGAGGCAGGCUUUCCUUGACCUCUCGGACCAAAGCGAAGCAGCCAGCAUGGCCAAUUCCAGGAGUGGCUUGUUUGAAAAUGAAUGUACCCCGACAACUAAUGACCUCAGGCCAGCGUCCGAUGGGAGGCUAAAGCUCAUGGACAUGUCUUCAUUCCAGGCCAGGAAACCGAGCUACCACUCAGCCUUCAGGCCUGUAGUUAAAGAUGCAGAGAGCAUCGCCAAGCUUCAUGGUAACCUGGAGGAAUUUGGCUCUGAUAGGCACCUCUCCCCUGGGACCAGCUGCAGUUACCAGAGCGACAGUGGGGACAGUGAUGAGGAGCAGGAGGUGGAUGUGGAGACCAACAGACAGCAGGACGAAGAGGAAGAGGAUUUCAGCAGUGGCCAGUGCACCCAGAUCAUAGUCCCUCCAGAAAACGGGGAGCAAAGGGCUAAAGAAAGAGUCCACUUCCCUGGCAUCAUAGCAGAAACCAACAAUAUAAAAACUGGCAGCACAGAGAAUUCACCUGCUAAUCUCAAAGACUCAAGAAGUGACCAGGGGCAAGAAACAACUCCACCUGUUUCACUAAAAAAAGAUGUUGAAAAUAUGGAAAAAGAAGAACUCCAGAAAGUGCUUCUAGAACAGAUAGAUUUACGAAGAAGAUUAGAGCAGGAGUUCCAUGUGUUAAAGGGCACUGCUACGUUCCCUGUUUUCAAUAACUUCCAGGACCAAAUGAAGAGAGAGUUAGCCUACAGAGAAGAGAUGGUUCAGCAAUUACAAAUGAUUCCUUAUGCAAACUUGAUACGGAAAGAAAAACUUGGCACACAUCUCAACAAGUCCUAAAAGGAAGCUCUGUACCUGCUGCAGCUCAUCUCCUGUAAGAUACAAUCAUCCACCUCAGCGCUUCGGCCAAUUCAGAGAUCUGGAAGGAAUCAUACAUUAACCCAGUACAGGGUUCUCAGCAUCAGGAGCCAGGCCCGUGACCUCCUACCAAUCCAUGGACUUCAAUGUAAAAUAGCAGAGUAGAAAGGGUGUAACUGGUGCUGUAGGAAUGAGAACACUGACUCAUUGAAAACACUGUUGUUUGAUGGCACUUUUUUUCAGCUGUGUAUAUUUUUCUCUAACAAAUCCCAGCCCUCAUGGGUCUAUAACUGAUUGUAAAAUCUGGAAAUGCUGUAGAUAUGAAGACAUGCAUUUAGUCCAACCAAUAAAGCCUUGUUUAUCUUUUUCAGACUGAUAUCUGUAAAAUGAGACACUUUCAUUUGUUUAAAGAUCAGCUGAAAUUGCAGUAUUAUUGAAGGGCAUUCCAUACUGUAUGUACUGUUCGCCCUUCUCUGGUAGCCUGCCUGCUGUAUAAAUCAAAUGAACCGU